AUGAAUCAAAGCUUAAAUCAGACUCUGGUCAUCGACUUGAAAGAUGAUUCCGAUGACGAUCUUCCAUCGCUUUCCGACCUAUUCCCCAGCAGGCGUAAUCGUGACGCCGCCUCUCGUUAUGAUGCCCCCUCUUCCCAAAGGCACGCCCACCCACCGGCCCCGUUGUUACUCCAGACCCCCGAAAAUUGUUCGGACGAAGAAGAGGGCGGAUCUGUGGUAGCGUCACCGUCCGGGAAGGAUAUCGCAAAAGUGUCCGAAAGGCAAUUCGACUUCAAUGCGACUCAUUUUCUAGACGACAAUGAGGAUGAUAUCGUCAAUGAGUACAAUGGGAUCCUCGAUUCCGCUGUCGCGAUAAAGCAUAAGUGUGGCACACUGACGACAAGAAUACAAGAACUAAAAGCGGCACUGAAGGCCAAACAAGCCGAGCUCGACCAGAUCACCCUUCGGCGUCAACGGGAGCUCUUAUCCUACGGUGAAUCUGCCAAAAUGGCACAAGAUAGGCUCCGGGCGAAAGGCGCCAAACUACGCAAGUGCAACCGCGAGAUUAAAUCACUCCGCCGACGUAACGGGCACCUGGCUGAAGAUCUGGAAAUCGCCAGCAAGGAUCUAGCGAGGAUUAAGAAGCAUCUACAUUGUGAUAUCUGCGCAGAUACUUUCAAAAACGUUGUGACAAGGUGUGGUCACAGCUACUGCGCGGAAUGCCUGGCGACAUGGUUGGGAGGGGUCAACGAGAGCGACUUGGACUGCCCGACUGAUCAAUGGAAAAGAGGUUGCCCAAUGUGUCGACGAGCUCUGAGAGCUGAGGAUAUCUGGCCUAUCUUCCUCGGGGCGGAAGGCAGCUCUAUCGAAGUUGUGUGCACGGACAGUGAUGGCGAGUGA